AUGGGUGGUUUAUUCAGCAAGAAAGCGCCGUCUCCACCGAAGAAUUGUGAAAUUACGGAACAAGACCAGGCUAUCCUGCAGCUAAAAGUGCAGAGGGAUAAGAUCAAGCAAUUUGUUCGUAGAAAGGAGAAGUGCAUGGAGCGUGAGAGAGAACUCGCACGGCAACUGAUUAAGGACGGUCGAAAGGAUCGAGCACUCCUGCUUUUGAAAAAGAAGCGAUUCCAAGAGAACGUAAUUGAAAGAACACUCAAGCAGUUGGAUAAUAUUGAUAGAAUGGUCCAUGACUUGGAAUUUGCUGAUAUCCAACAAAGGGUUGUCGAAGGCCUCCGUCAAGGAAAUGAUGCGCUGAAAAAGAUGAACGCGAUCUUCGACAUUGACGAAAUUGAAAAGCUGAUGGAGGAAACUAAAGAGGCGGCAGAGUAUCAAGAAGAAAUUUCUGCACUUCUCACAGGGCAGUUGACCACUACUGAUGUAGAAGAGGCAGAACAUGAGUUGGAGCAGCUUCUGGCUGCUCAAGUAGGCGACGUGGUUCUGCCAGAUGUCCCAGCUCACGAGCUUCCCCGCAGAGAACGAGAGAAGGAAGGUAAAAAGAGAGAAGCGGUUGCAAUGGAAGCAUAA